AUGUUCAUUCUGCACCAUGUCAACUUUCUCCCAAAAUUCGCCAACCAAAAGACGAACAACUCUGGUUUCGCUUCAUCCCUAACCACCACCAAUCUUCAACAGCGAAACUCGUGCGUGCACCUCGCCGACCGGGUUCCGGCACAGCACGAUGACGGUUUAUGGGCACUCAGCUUACACCAUCUUGGAAAGUCCGGCGAGGAUCAUGUUUCUCUGGCAAGUUCAUGCCCAUUUCCGGCCUCGCAACAAACCGACGGAUCACACGCCCUGACGCCCGAACCGACACCUUGUGUCCAUCGCCCAUCCUGCCAACCGCCCGUUGUGGGACCCUACUACGGCUCUCGUCGCUCCCAUGGAUUGGAUGAAGGAUCAUCAUCAUCGUGGCCGACCUCGUCAGUUACGGAGCACAGUACCUACGGUGCAGACUCGGCUUUGCAGUGUAUCACCCACAGCGUCUUGCUACGAGUCAAAGACGUUAUUCUCAUUCCCAGCCCAAACUUGAGUGGCGGAGAAGAAGCAAGACCUUUUUACACUACACGGGCCUCAUGCGCUGAGCCAGCACAGUAUCCGAUAGUUACAGCUCUUGGCCAACCGCCCCUUCGGUUAAUGAGACCCGCAAGGGAAAGCCUAUCGGCUCCAAGGCUCUCGCGUAGGGCUGCUAGAUGCCGCGCCAAGGAGAGAUACCUCACAGACAUUUAUGAGACGGAACGGGAAUGA